UUUAAUAUUGUCAAGGUUGAGGUUACAAACUAAGUGAAGUAGAAGAGUAAAAAUGUUAGGUUAUGCGAGGAUUAUUCCAGUUAUUCAUUGUUAUCAUAAGUUCAUAUUCCAUGGUAUAAUUUAAGUUACUAUAUGUGAAAUUGUCAAUAGAACAUGGUAAAUACACUUGAUACAAAAAACGGAAAUCAAGAACUUGAGAACCUUAAACAAUACUUUGAGAAAGUUAUUGAUUCGAGAAGAAUAUUUGAAAAGAUUCAAAGUUUGGACGACUUGAUACGUAUAUUAUAUAAACGAGAUUGCGAUUUACAAGAACUCUCCAAUCAGUUAAAAAUAAUAAAUGAUAAUAAAACCGUAUGUAACGAGUCAGUAUCGCUAAAUAUUUCACCCCAACAGAGAAUUGUUCCACAACUAGUUUUACAAUCAUGUAGGAUUAAUCCACAACCAGUUUUAUUGGAACAAAGAAUUGAUGCUAGAAAAAUUUUACCAAAUGUACCACAAGAUCCAAUAGAAAGAAUUGACCAAUUGAUAGCUGAUGAGAUUGGUCAAAAAUGGAUGGAUUUAGCAAGAAAUCUCAAAAUCCCAGAAGGUAAAAUUGAUGAAUUCAGUAACUUUAGAUUAUCUGAAACAAUAAGGGAAAUACUUAAAUAUCACAGGAACUCUGAAAUUAUGUGGAAAACAAGCCUUUGUACUGCUCUAUGUAAUGCAAGACGUAAAGAUUUAUGUAUUGAAGUCCAGAAAAUAUUGGAAUUGUACUAAAUGAUAUUUUGUACUUAAAUACAUUAUACAUCUUCAA